UCAAGAUACGUUGCUUAGCGCCACAUGUUAAGAAAAGAGAGGAGAGAGGAGAGGUGAAGACGAUUUCGAGGUUUCUCUGCUUCGAUUCUUUUUUCUCUUUGUCUCGAAAUUGAUCGACCGAUUAUGAAACCGAUCUGAAGUCUUUCGUCUCUUCUCUUCCUCUCUUCCUCUCUUCGUCGACGUUAACUGUAUUGAUCGGUUCUGUUUUGCAGAACAUGUGUGGCCAUCGCUGGAUCCGAUUACUGCGUCAUCUACCGGUUACAGUAUUCUAACUCGCGAUUACUCUAAGAUCCAUAAAAUAGCAGACAAGGCUGUGCUAUCUUCCUCUGGCUUUCAAGAUGAUGUGAAAGCGCUUCAGAAAGUUCUCAACUCAAGGCACUUGGGGAGUUUGUCAGCAUCAGCAUAACAAGCAGAUGAGCUGCCCUGCAAUGGCUCAACUUCUCUCCAACACUCUUUACUUCAAGCGCUUUUUCCAUUACUAUGCCUUUAAUUUUCUUGGAGGUCUUGAUGAGGAAGGAAAAGGCUGCGUCUUUACUUAUGACACAGUGGGUUCAUAUGAGAAGGUUGGAUAUAGUGCUCAAGGCUCUGGUUCCACUCUCAUUAUGCCCUUCCUUGACAAUCAGCUCAAGAGUCCUAGCCCGUUUUUGCUUCCUGCCCAGAUUUGUUUGUCUGUGCUUGGCCUUUUUAAUCAGUUUAAGUACAUGAUGAAUCACUUCAGUUACUUAUUUUUUGUCUUCUGGCUAUGUAGGAUGCUAUCACACCUCUUUCCGAGCCUUGAUUUGAUAAUGAGCAAUGGGAUAUACAAGAGUCUGGUUCAUAGAGUGGUGACUAACAUGGAAAAGGAAAGGAUAUCUGUGGCAAUGUUUUGUGUUCCUGGUGGGGACCAAGAGAUUCAACCUGUAGAGGCGCUUGUGACUGAGACAAGACCAAGAUUGUAUAAGACAGUUAAGAAGUAUGUUGAGUUCUACUUUGAAUACUAUCAACAGGGUCGAAGACCAAUCGAAGCUACUUUGAUCUGAUGAUAUUUCAAGUCUUGUUCUUGGUUUUUCACAAAUGAAUUUGUUUCUUUCAUUACUAGAUCACUAAAGAGAAUAAUACAGUUUCUUUUUUUUUGAACUGUGAGGCUGGCUGCAUUGUGUUACGUUGCUACUUUUGAGAAUAUUAUGAGGUAUGAAGUGAGAUUGAGAUUAUGUCAAAUUCUUGUAUAUCCCAUUGCUCAUUAUCUGAACACCAACGAGAGAUUAUGUCAAAUUCUUGUGGCUAUGUAGGAUGCUAUCACACCAGUCGGAUGAUUCUUUCAAAUUAUUCUCGUUUAUUUUACUAGUAUUUGUUUUUAUGUUUUUAUUUAAAAAUUAAUGUUUAAAAUGUUAUCUUUUACUAUGUUUUAUUUAAUAAAUACUUUAAAAAAAUAUGCUUUAAAAAAAAUAUGUUUAAUAAUUUUUUUUAAGAACCCUUAAUUAAAAGAUUUGCAUUGCAGCACAUAAAUGUCACUGUCUCUUAGCGGAGUCUUUUAACUCACAAUAACCAUUAAAUAAAAAAAUAAAAGACCCAUUUAUUGUAUCUUUAGGUUAAUGAUGCUCUUAUUGUAUCACUGUUAUUUAAAACUAUCCAAUUUUUUAAAAAAUAUAAAUAUUGCUUUUAAAAUUCUAGAAUCGAAUAAACCAUGAGUUAGCGUUCAAUCGCUUUGACUUUUUAUAAAUGUUUUCGAUAUGUAUGAAUUCAAACCUAUGUGACUGACAAGAAAAUAAAAAUAAAUAAAAAGAACGAAAAUAAAAAUAAAUAAAAAGAACGAAAAUAAAAAUUGAGUGUUGACAAGAAAGAAAAUAAAUAUAAAGAACAAAAUAUAUAAAGUUCAGUCUUCUCAGUAAUGCAUGACGUGACAAGCGUGGAGAGGAAUUAACACGUGUAGCAUUUGAGACGUGCCAGCCACUGACCUUAUUUUCUUUUGUCUUCUGCUUCAUUCACGAGUAAAUUAAAAAGGAAACAAAGAUACUUUAAGGAAAUGCUCAAAUACCACUUAAGAUUCUGAAAUGAUGGACAUUGACGAAUCAUAUCAUAUCAUCGUUCAAAUAUUUGGUUAGUAAAUCAUUCCUAUUUUCUGCAAGAUGCGUUAUAUUUUUUUUCUUUUAACUAUUUUAGUUUAACGACUCCUAAUUUCGUGUAGUCAAAUCAAAACUGAAAAAAAAUCUUCAAAUUUUCAAAAAAAAAAAUCUUCAAGUUUAGACAGAUUUUAUUUCCUUAUGUUAUGCCCUGGAAAAUAACAAGAUUGAAAAUUACAUUUAUGCAAAAGAUACUACACACGGGGAACACAUCAAAUUUCAUGGAAAUAUGACUAAAGAAAAGAAAAAUAUUUCUUAAUGAGUAUGGUAAGACUUUAUUUGUUUGAACAUUAUUUACAAAGAAAAUAUACACUACAUAUUUUGUGCACAUACGAAAAGUCCAUAACACUACAAGUCAAGUCAAUCGAAAAGAUAUAUAUACAUGUGCAUGUGCUGGUGUUUGUUCAGUUUAUACUAAUAAAUAAUUUCAUUGUAAAGUUGGAAACGAUAAAUUAUUCUGUAUCUAAAAAUAAAAUGAUAUGAACAAAUCUCUUUUUUUUUAAUCAAAUAUGAACAAAUCUCUUAAUUUAAAUAUUUUGACCUUAUAUAAAAGCCACAUUCUUUGUUUUCGUUGCCGCAACUACUCCUCUCUCCUCUUUAAACUUCAUCUCUUAACAUGAGCAAUCAAAUCAUCGCCGACGGUUUUCCGGUGAUAUUCGGAGACCGACAGUUACAGCACAUGCAGUCUCGCGCCGCAGAUCCAAUUCAAACCGCACCAAGCUUCAACAAAUACCAUUUCAACCAAUCUCCAGCGAUAUUAAAACGACAGAGAGAUUAUGCGCUUGACUCCAACGCUCUAAUGACAGCUCAGAAACGUAGGUCCGUUGCGUUUGCCCCGCCACAGUCUCUAAUUGAGGCACAACUCGUUUCUCAAAUCCAGCAGCAACAAACAGAUAUCGAUCUGUUCGUCACACAGCAAACGCAAACGCUCAGAUUGGAGUUAGAAGCGAGGCAGAGAACGCAAACGUUAUCCUUAGCGUCAGCGGUUCAGUCCGCGUUUGUCAAAAAGCUUAAACAGAGAGAUGACGAGAUCGUCCGAAUGGGGAAACUAAACUAUGUUUUGCAAGCACGCGUGAAGAGUCUCUACGUCGAGAAUCAGAUCUUGCGUGACCUCGCUAAGAACAAUGAAGCUACAGCUAACACUCUCCGGUCAAAUCUUGAACAUGUUCUCGCUCAGGUCGACGAGUUCCCGGCGACCGCAGCAACCGGCGGAGAUGUUUUUCAUCCUCCGGUCGAAGAGGAUACGGUAUCCAGCUGCGGAAGCUGCGACGGUGCUGAUGGUGGUGAUGUCACGGCAGUCACAAGAGGAUGCAAACGGUGCGGUGAAAGAACGGCUAGUGUAUUGGUGCUGCCUUGCCGUCACUUGUGUUUGUGUACAGUUUGUGGAUCGGCUCUGUUACAGGCGUGCCCUGUAUGCAAUACGGUCAUGCAUGCUAGUGUCCAUGUUAACAAUAACAUGUCAUGAGACUCUUGACCCAUAUUAAAAAAAAAAAAAUUAUUUCGUUUUUUGCGAAGAA